UAGUACAAUUGCAUUUAUUGCGGUAAGCGCAUUAAAAUGAAUUUGAGUACUGUCAUCGUUGUUUCUGGCCUUUUGCUGGCCACGGUAAGCAUAACAUCAACGCUAACAUAUGACGAAGAAAGGUUGGCUUUAAAACAUUUUGUCACUUCUGAUGAGCGCAUUCGUUCACAUGGCUAUCCAGUCGAAUCACACACCGUUGAGACGAGCGAUGCUUACCUGUUGACACUCUUCCGCAUUCCUUACUCCCACAAAUUAAAUAACCAAAAUGCUUACCGCCCAGCUAUUUUGUUGCAACAUGGCUUAUUCAGCAACUCUGAUUGCUGGUUGAGCAGUGGACCCGAUAACUCGCUCGGAUAUUUGCUUGCUGACGCCGGUUUCGAUGUUUGGUUGGGAAAUGCUCGUGGCAAUAUCUAUUCACGCGGAAAUUCGAAUAUAACUAUAAAUAACCCAAAAUUUUGGAAGUUCAGUUGGCAUGAAAUUGGCAUAUACGAUAUAAGUGCUAUGAUUGAUUAUAUUCGCGAUAAUACCGCUCAACAAGCCAUACACUAUGCCGGCCACUCGCAGGGCACCACAGUGUACCUGGCUCUCAUGUCCACCAAGUCACAGUAUAAUGCCAAGAUUAAGACGGCACAUCUAUUGGCGCCAUGUGCAUUCUUGGCGAAUGGUAGACAUGUUAUAUUCCAACUUUCGCAGCUGAUCGGCAACCCCGAUGGGCUUUUAUACAGUGUCUUAGAGAACUCGGAGUUGAUGCCUAGAAACGAGUACGUCAAUCGCAUCGCAGACACGCUGUGUGGUCAACAACCUCUUUUAGGCGAACAAUGCAAAGACGUUGUUUUUUGGUAUGCCGCUGAUGGGUAUCGAAACACAAAUCUGACUGCUCUGCAAGUGCUACUUGGCAGCCAUCCGGGUGGUUCGUCAAGUAACCAGGGUAUUCACUAUCUGCAGCUAUAUAAAUCACAUAAAUUCCGUCAAUAUGAUUAUGGCACCAAGAAGAAUCAGCAGAUUUACAAUCAAGAUACGCCACCAGACUAUGAUUUGAGCAAAAUCACUGCGCGUACAUAUUCGUAUUCGAGCGCCAACGAUGGACUUUGCGCACCAAGUGAUGUUGAUACCAUGGUGGAGAACAUGCCUUAUCUUGUUGAGGAUUAUCGCGUUCCCGAUCAGACCUGGAAUCACAUGGACUUUAUUGUAGGUAGACAAAUGAAGGAAGUAAUCCACGAUCGUGUUCUGCAAACACUUAAGGCUUUUGAAACAUUUUUGUGAUUUAAAGGCAAUUUAAAAUAUUGAACAUUGAAUUAAAAUGAAAA